GACUUUUUUCCUCUACCAACCUUGGCUCACAGUAAAAGCAGUGGAGCACAAUGCAUAGAUGGAAUAACACAGAUGUGCCUUACUUCAUCCUUUUGGGAUUUACAGAUACUGAAGACAUCCAGCUGGUGCUCUUUGUGCUCUUUCUCCUGAUAUACCUGGUCACCGUGCUUGGAAAUGCGGGGAUGAUGAUGAUCAUUCGUCUGGAUGCCCAGCUUCACACCCCCAUGUAUUUUUUCCUCAGUCACCUGUCUUUCAUUGACCUCAGUUAUUCAUCUGUCAUCACUCCUAAAACCUUAGAAAACUUACUGAACUCCAAUAAGAAGAUUUCAUAUGCCAGUUGUUUCACCCAAAUGUACUUUUUUGUCUACCUUGGUGCUGCUGAAUGUUUUCUUCUCUCUUCCAUGGCAUAUGAUCGCUAUGUAGCCAUCUGCAAUCCUCUCCACUACCCUGUUGUUAUGUCCACAAGACGCUGCUGGACCCUCCUUGCUGGGACCUAUUUGGUAGGUUUUGCAGACUCUUUAGUCAAUAGGCUAUGCACGAGCAGGUUACAUUUCUGCAACUCCAAUGUAAUCCAUCAUUUUUUCUGUGACCCAUCUCCAAUUUUAGCCUUGUCAUGCAGUGAAACCCAUGACAUCGAAUCCAUAAUAGUCUUUUUUGCUGGUGCCACCCUCAUGGUCUCUCUUAUUAUGCUAUCAGUGUCCUAUGUGUCCAUUCUCUCCACUAUCCUGAAAAUCAAUUCUGCUUCAGGAAAGAGAAAAGCCUUCUCCACCUGUGCCUCUCAUCUCAUGGCUGUCACCAUCUUUUAUAGCACCAUGAUCUUCACUUAUUUAAGACCAAGCACAUCCUACUCCAUGGGAAAGGAUCAGGUGGCUUCUGUGUUUUAUACUAUUGUGACCCCCAUGCUGAAUCCCCUCAUUUAUAGUCUUCGCAACAAGGAAGUGAAAAAUGCUGUCCUUAGACUCCUGCAGAAGACAGAGGGCUCCAGACACUUGAAAUAG